AUGCUCCGAGAGCACAAAGCUGAACAGGAUAUGUUUGACUUGGACUCCAUACAGGAGUCUUUCAACGCUGUUACGGAAUCUAUAGAAGAACAGUUCGAUAGCAUCGCCCGUCUUGCUCGAGAUACAUAUCGGUCAACGCCAUGGAUACCGGAAUCGAUGAAGCCCGAUGUUCCUCCUCCCCCACCGCCCUUCUAUGAAACAAUACUUCCACCGGCUGGCUAUCUUCAGGCUUGCCGGAUUUGGAUAUCAGAACAUCGCGCAGUGACAGCUGCAGUCGUUGCCUUUGUUGGCACAGGGGCGUUCAUUGUCUGGCGGCAGCGAAGAGCAGAUAGAAAGAAAAGAAGAGCAAAGCGCGCAAGGAACGGGCAAAAGACAGAAGUCGUCCUUCUGGCCGGAUCAUUACAUUCGCCGUUCACACGGUCCCUUUCGCUGGACCUGGAGCGGAGGGGCUUCAUUGUCUAUAUCCCUGCUGCGAGCGUAUCAGAGGAACAGAUCAUCAAUGUGGAAGCGAAUCCAGACAUAAGGCCUUUGAGUCUGGACAUCACAUCUCCCAGCUCUGUAUCCGAAGCCGUCUCCAAGUUUGAAUAUUUCCUAGAUUCACCACUUCGCACGAGAACAGCAAGUACAGCGUCCAAGCCCCAUCUUGCAGCCUGUUUGUUGCUCCCACCCCCAGUCUAUCCUGUCCGAGGUAUCGCCAGCCUGGAAAUCCACGACUGGUCACACACAUUAAACCUCCACAUCCUAGCUCCUUUCGGUCUUGUCCAUGCUUUCCUGCCCCUACUAAUAAACCAAAAUUCAAACCUGUCAUUCCUCACGUCGUCAAUUAAUUCUUCGUUGAGAACUCCAUCUCACGCUCCUGAAGGUGUUGUCGUUGGCGGCAUCGAACAAUAUAUCGCGAGUUUGCGAAGAGAGAUGCCGUCCAUCAACGUGGUGCAGAUGAAGCUUGGUCAUUUUGAUUUGAGCCAGUUCUCGCCAGAGAACAAGCAGCUUGUCAUACCGCAUGAGCUGUCCAGAGUCAAUGCUACGAAAGCGAGACUUGGUGUGAAACCAUACGGAGGAAGCGCGCUCCGAGAAUUGCACAACAAUGUCUUCGAUGUCAUUGUGCGUUCGAAAGGCAGGAAUAGCACAGUAUUUGUUGGUCGAGGAAGUCGAGUCUAUGAUAUUGUGGGCAAGUGGGUGCCAUCAGGACUUGUCGGGUGGAUAUUGGGUGCGAACCAGAGCUGGCCGUCUAUGUUCGCACAAUCAAAGUCGAAAGACCUUAAGAAAGGCCAGUCGGAAGAGCCAGCUGCGGAAGAUCUAGUCGAAUCGAUGGCAUCGAUUGAUGAUAUAGGUAACGAAGCAUGA